AAUAAAUAAUCAUUAAUUGAUUAUCUAGGACUUGUUUCAAGCAGAAGUCAGGUUGUCUCUUGAUUUCGCCUUUGACAUUGUACAAAUUUCUUAAGUUGAAAUGCCUCGAAGCUUAUCUCGGUCUCCGUCUCCGUCUCCGUCAUACCGGUCUAGGCACAGCCGCCGUAGCCGAAGAGAGCACAGCCGGAGAAGCCGUUCAUCCUCUCCACGUCGCCGCAGAAGCCGUUCGCCAUCUCAUCGACGCCGAAAAAGUCGCUCUCCGACUCCGAGGAGACACCGCCGGCGAACCUCCUUAUCUCCUUUGCCCAAAUCUCCCUCCCCACCUCCUCCCAUCCCUCAAAACAAAAACAAUAGGCUUCAUCAAGAAGCUGAACUAAAAUUAUUAGAGGAAGAGACGGCGAAGAGAUUGGAGGAAGCAAUUCAGAAAAAUGUUGAGGAGAGGUUGAAUUCGGAGGAUGUUAAGUUAGAUAUAGAGAGACGGGUAGUGGAAGGGCGUAAGAAAUUGUUCGAUGAUGUUUCCACUCAACUCCAAAAAGAAAAGGAAUCUGCUCUUGCCGAGGCAAGGCUUAAACAGGAACAAGCACGGAGAGAGAGAGAAGAGCUGGAUAAGAUGCUUGAAGAGAACAAGCGGAGGGUGGAAGAGGCUCAGAGACGAGAAGCAUUGGAGCAACAAAGGAAAGAGGAGGAAAGAUACCGGGAGUUGGAGAUGAUUCAAAGGCAAAAGGAAGAGGCUGCACGGAGGAAAAAGCUUGAAGAGGAAGAAGAACAUGCAAAGCAGAUGAAGUUGGGUAAGAAUAAGUCCAGGACAAAGGUUCCAUUCGGAAUUGGGUUAUAACAAAAACAUGUACCAUAUCACGGUAUUGUAUUGAUCUUCAAUCUUUUAUGUUUCUUUGGCACUUCUGUACCAAGCCCCAAUGCCCUUGUUCUCUUCUAUACCUUGAGUACGAUAUUUGAUUUACAAGAAAAGGAACUAAAACCUACUUCCUUGGAAAACUGGAAGUGAAUUUCUUAUGGUUGGUUGGUAAGCUAUUUGCCGAGAAAAUCAAUUGCAAGGAUUAUGUUUUUCCUUUGGA